AUGCUUUUACUGCUUCCCAGCUCUUGGCGUAAUUAUCAUGUUGUCACAAGUUGUAAUCAGACCAGCCUUUUAGAUCGUCAACAUUACAGUGGAGUGGACAAAGAAAUGUGUAACUCUGUUAAGAAUUGGGCUGCCAGUUGGGUAAAACAUAUGGUUUUGUUUCAAAGAGAACACCUACAAUGCACUCAGCCUAAACCUAGUUACACAAAAGUUAAAACGGCAAUAGCAUCCAGCGUGAAAGAAAAAUCAGCAGUCAGUGCUACCCCAGGCACAAACAAGAAUCAAGAUGAAGAAAGUGAUGCUGUUGAAGUACCAACAUCUGCUGCUAGAGUUACUUCCUCACCACGCGCCUCAAAGUCUGAAGUGUUUAAUUCUUUGAGUUGCAUCAGUAUUUCUGGAAGCAUACCGUCUUCUGUUCAAGAAAGAACUCUCCGGGAGGCUAAACAUAUAAAGCAGAGAUACAGUGCUGCUAAAAUAAGUAGACAUACAAGUUCAGCAAAGUCUGGUCUGGGGAAGUUUUCAGAACAAGGAUUCAAGAGGGAUAGAUCAAAUUCAGUAUUUGUUCAGAUACUUGAAAAGAAAAGCAAACGAAAAAGCAUUUCUGCUGCUGUAGAAAAGAGACCGAUAUCUCGUAAAACACCCCCUAAAGAAGCUGGUGCACAAGCACACUUGAGGAAAUAUGGAAUAGCAUUUAUUCAGCUGGACCUCAUGCCUCUCCUGGCAGGAGAAUGUUGUGUGACCAGUCAACUGGAAGAACCAUCCCCUAGAAUUUCUAACGCAUACCUAAGUUUUUCUUUUGAGGGGUCUCUCAUGACUCAGAAACAAAAACAAGAUUUAAAUCCAUUGAUUAUUAAGAUUUUGAGUGCAAAAUGCUUACCAGAUACCCCUGUUUCAAUAGAAGAGCUGCAGUGUUGCUGUGAUCCUGUUUACUGCAAAUACAAUUUCCACAACUUGCCUCCCCGUCGAACACGAGGUCGCAAUCACGGAACCGACGUCUUCUUCAAGGACAUCAAUGUGAUUCUAGCAGGGACGAUGGUACCUCAGGAGUUACGUGAAUAUCUAAGAGGGCCGCCAUUGGAAAUAGAGGUUCAUGACCGAGACAAGAAAAUGGAAAAUAUCACGAAAAAGCCUUCAUUGUUUGGAGAUGAGCCAGGUGACAGACAGCUAGCUCAUUUGAACCCUAUCACCAGCAGAUAUAUGGUCCAGAAUUCUAUGAUAUCCAAGAAGGAAAUAUGGCAUCCAUAUGGAGUAGCUAAAGUCAGCCUGACUGAAUUAUUGCUGGGCGAAAAGCACUUGAAUAUCUGUGUACCAAUUCAGUGCUGCUCAGUUCAAGACACAAGCAUCUGCACGGCAGAAGAUUUUAGCUGGAAGCCCAGAGCUGCUGACAGUUCUCUGCCUGCUCAUCUACCGAUGGGCCAUUACUUAGACUCGGGAGCGCAUCUUAAAGUGAGAAUUGAAAUUAGUGUGCCAUUAAGUCCUGAAGAUGAAAUUGCUGACACUGGCACUGACUAUUGCCCUUAUGGCUGCAUCAUCUAUAUUUUUGAUUAUAAAAACAGGUCACUGCUCAGUUAUUUGCUGCAAGAGAUUACAGAAAUUAAUGCAAAAGCUUUCCAACUUGAUUCUUAUCCCCUGCAUAUACUUCAGAAAUCUCUUAAUACAUUAAAACUGACUAGCAAGAUUUCUCUAGAAGACAUUUCCCAACUGGACAUUAUUACUGGAUUUCACAUAAUGGAUGGAUCCAUUCACCUACUUGUUGUGGAAGGGUUGAAGGACAAAGCACUGAAGAAGAUGUGGAAUAAAAGAAUAGAUAGAACACAAGAAGCUAAGGCUGGAAGAUUAGAGAUAUUCUAUAACUCCCAGGUAUCUUUCCAUCAGCGCUUGUAUGUGGACCUUGAAGCAAUCCUGUUUCAUAUUCGUCUCUGCAAACCACUCUCAAGUAUGACAAAACAGCCUUUGCUGUAUAUCAGGGACAUGGUUCCUCAGGCAUGCUUCCAAGCUCUGUCCAGGCUUGAUUACAUCUGCCAGAGCAAGAGGUUAAGGGAUAUAGUGCAUUACGAUCUGUUGCCCUCUGCAGAAAUGAUCAUUUCAUUGAGUCAGGAGUUUGGGAUCCCCUUGGCUAAAGAUGACCUGCUCAUUCAGCAGCAGUCAGAAAUCUUGGAGAUAUACAAGCAUCCAACUGCCUUUCAGGGAAUAAAAAAAAGGCGCUCCCUUUUGGAUAACCAGAAUAAAUCAUACAUCCUGAGAAAAAGUGAAAUGGAAAGCCAGGCACCACAAGACUAUAUUCAGGCUAAUAUUGAGAAUGUGAACCUGCUUAGUAAGAUGAUGCAAAAGGAGACCUCUGGUGUUAUAAGAGCUCUCCCUUCUGAUGGCAAGUCUGUCUUCAACUACAGCAUUCAGAAAUUGAAUUCUGCAGAAAUCGCAAAGCAUAUGCUUCGUCAGGAGAUGGCACUGGAACCAGGGAAAAGGUACGCUUAUUCUGACAAAUAUCUGUCUGCCAUGUUUGAUCCAGUGGAUAAGGAUAGUACACUAAAGGAAUCCAUUGCCCUUUCAAAGAGGAAGUGGCUGACAUCACAAGGGUUUGUAUUUCCCGGCUUUAAGAGCAGUUUCGAAUCCAACAUGCCUUGUCAUAUGCCUGAUGAGGCACGAUUAGCGGAGCUAAGAGAGAAAUGGGAAGAGAACAUUCUUCAUAGAAGCAUUUUGAAGCCAGUGCUGGAUCGUGACAGAUGGACUUGGGACAAGCGGAAAGUUGAUUUUGACCUUUUCACAAAGCCUUUAUAUUCCUUUGUGGCCCCUGACACCUAUGUUAUUGAGCAUCAAAAGGAUGCACGUUGCAACACAGCAUUCAAAGUUCACAGGUGCUCUCCAGCAACAGAGCUCAUCUCCAGCGGACCAAAAGCCAGUUGCCAGCUAGCCCGCUUCCAAGGCCUCCUCAAAGAUAAACCAGUGAAAUUGGCCUUGAAGAGCCAUGGCAGAAGUAUACAGGAUAUACCAGUUGUGGGAAGUCUAGAAAGGGUAGAGAGUGACAUCUGCAGAGGAUUCAUCCCAGGCAAUGAUGAUUUUCACAGCUUGAAGUGGAGCAAAAAUGUCAUUCCCUGCCAUGACAGGGAAUACAGUGUGUUCAAAACUUUGAAAGGAGCAGACUUCAGGUAAGUCACACAGCUGUUCUACAAUAUUCAGGACUGCCAAGAGGGCUUUAUAAAUUGGAAUACGCAUAUCUGCCGAGUGUUACAAAUGGUCCCUUCCCAAACAAUUCCCAGUAAGAACUGGUCAUGGGAACGUAAGGGAACAUGGUCACUUGGUGUGAAAAAAACUGUUUGAGAAAAAUUAGGCUUGGCCACUACCCUUAGAAUGACAUGUUAUGGCUCAGGGGUGUUGCAUUACAGUCAGUUGGCAUUCAGCACGAAAAGCAAGAAACGAGAGCUAAUUUUUGUCUUCUCUGCCUUACCCUAGAGUAAAUAGCGUGCCUUGUUACGUUUUCUGC